GACGAACGGACUCUUCCUAUAACUACUCAAUAUCAAAUACACAAUCAUGAUGGAAGACAAAUAUAUCGGGCUUGCACUUGCAAUGUCCUCGUCCUUAGCUAUAGGUACUUCCUUUAUCAUCACCAAGAAAGGGUUAAUGGACGCAUCUGCCCGUAAUGGUAACAAUCAAGUACAAGGACACGAAUAUUUACAGAAUCCCAUAUGGUGGGGUGGUAUGAUUACCAUGGCUAUUGGGGAAAUUGCCAACUUCGCCGCCUAUACUUUUGCUCCUGCAAUUUUAGUCACUCCCUUGGGGGCCUUAUCGGUGAUUAUUGGAGCUGUAUUAGCCGCGAUUUUCCUUAAAGAAGAAUUAGGUACUUUAGGUAAAAUGGGAUGUGCAAUUUGUCUCAUGGGAUCAGUUAUCAUUAUUCUACACGCUCCUCCUGACAAGGAAGUGGAAACCGUCGAUGAAAUCUUGGGAUAUGCUACCCAACCCGGGUUUUUGUUUUACUGUACUUUGGUUGCAUUAUAUUCGUUGUUCAUGAUCUACAAAAUUGUUCCAAAAUACGGAAAUACUAAUCCAAUGAUUUAUCUUUCCAUUUGUUCUUCAGUUGGGUCCAUUUCAGUUAUGUCUAUCAAAGCAUUUGGUAUUGCCCUUAAGUUAACUUUAGGAGGUAAUAAUCAAUUUACUCAUGUUUCAACUUAUUUAUUUUUACUUGUUGUUGUUGGUUGUAUUAUCACUCAAAUGAAUUAUUUCAACAAGGCCUUGGAUCAAUUUGAUACAUCUAUUGUCAAUCCAUUAUAUUAUGUCACAUUUACCACUUUUACAUUAGCUGCUUCGUUUAUUUUAUUUAGAGGAUUCAAUACUUCGUCAGCAGUGGACAUUAUUUCUUUAUUGAUUGGAUUUUUGAUUAUUUUCAGUGGAGUUUAUUUAUUAAAUAUUGCCAGAAAGGAAGAUCCUAGUAAAAACAGAGAAAUCUUUGGAGUACAUGCAUCAAAAGAUAUGGCACCUAUGGACAAUGGUGUUGGUGGAUUCACUACCGUGAGAAGAUCUAUGCAAAUCAACAGAGCUGAAUAUGAUACCGAAGAAACCGUGGGACUUCGAAGAUUUGAUAGUUUUGAAUUAAGUGAUUCAGACUCCGAAGGUUCUCGCAGACGUUAAAAAUGCAAACAAAAAAGUAAGGGAUAGACAUGUAUAGAUAGUUUCAUAGAUACAAAAUAACAUUAUCUAGUUGAACCUAGUUGUAUGGGUUGAGCAAUAUGGAAUUAGUGCGUGUUUUUGUGCGCGUUUGUUGGUCCUUUGCACAGCUCGGGUUGGAACCAGUAUUUUCCGGUUUACGUCUAAACUAUGCCAAAGCUAACAUUAGUACCCCAAAUACCGUUGUAAAGUGGUUGGUGUUAAACUCGGAGUACAGCCAAAAAAUAUAGAUCGUGGACUUGUCCCUUGAAUGAACGCAUACCGGAAAACCAAUGACUCUAUGACUCACAGGGAACAAACAUACAAACUGGCUGCAUUUAACAGACAACAACCAGAGACAGUAAAUCAAGAUUAUCUUAUGGACUAGAGUUAGCAUAUCAACAUCAUCUUACAGAAACUCUGGAUAAUAUACCACUUUUUUUUUACAUUUAUUUGUCUAUAUAAAUUACUGUAUAUUCUGUUACCUAGAUAUCAUCAAUAUCUAAUUCAUCAUCUUCUUCGUCUUCAUCGUCUUCAGCACCGAAUUCGAAGUUAACAUCUUCAUCUUCAUCACCACCGAAAGUAUCAGUUUCAUUAAUCUUGGCAGUUUCUGGCAAUUCACCCAUAUUUUUUAAAGUUCUGGCUUCAUCGGAGUUAUAUUUGUGAACAACAUCACAUUGGUCAUCUUGGAAAUCUCUUAAAGAAACCAAAAUGAUAUCACCUUGACCCAUCCAGACCUUCUUUCUUAAUUUACCUCUGAUGUGUCCCAUUCUUUUGUUUCCAUCAAAACAACUGACUUCGAUUCUACCGUUACCUAACAUCUUGGUAAUUUGACCGUAUGCUUGACCUUCUUCCACGAGAAUUAAUUCUCUCUUUUGGCCACUGUUAUCGUUCUUUCCUCUUCUUCUAUUUUUACCUCCUUUACCUUUACCAGUUUUACCCAUGAUGUAUUUGCGUAGUGUUGCU